UGGCAGCUCUGGCUUUGGAUAUUCAGUAGACGAUUUGGUGUCCUCGGUAGCAGACAAGAUGAUUCGAGCCAUCCUCAUCUUCCUCCUGGGAGCAGCAGCAUCCCUGUGUUCCUCUCUGGAAGAUGGCAGUGGAAAUUCUCCCGCAGAGGGUGUUGACGGCGGGCGAUUGCUAGCCCGCCAGGUGACGAAGCCCACCACGCCCAACCAGAUUCUCGACGCCAUAGCCGACCGGGCCGCCGCCAAGAUGGCGGGACUGAAAUGGAACAUCUCGAAGGCCAUGAAUGACAGCUACAGCGUCUUCCCCCUUCAGGUCAACCUUCCGGUGGCCACGGCCAGCGAGGAGUUCACGAUCACCAACGCCGUUAUCACGGGGCUGGGCAGCCUCCGGCGUUCCAAGAGCGCCUCUUUCAAUCCCUUGAAGACGGUACUCCUAGGAACACUUGUACUGGACAACAUCUGCAUCACAGCCAACUACACCCUGGUCUUCCAAAGCCUGGGCGCCGCCCCUGCGCAAGACCUGAAGGGCGUCGUGAAGGAGUGCGUGACCAAGCUCUUCGCCGACCUCCAAGUCGCCCUCUCGGCACUCGUGCCCCAGAGACUCCUCAACUACGUCGUCAGGUCAGGCCACGACGAGCUCAAGUCCAUGGCUGGGUUGGACCAGAAGGGCAUGGCGCCAAUUCACGAGGCCGGCGCCCGCAGGGCCCUUCGGGAUGUCCUGGAGAAGACCAUGAACACAGACGUCAAAGGCAUGGUCACCCAGGCCAUCCUGAGUAUGAAGGCGGGAAUGUAGUGGACGCCAAGGAUUAUGGAACUGUCUCGGGUGUUGACCUUGAAUUCGUGGACAUUGUAUCAUGAGCGUUUUCUGACAUAUAACUGACAUGUGUAUACUGAGAAACAGCUAAUUAAAUGUUUUUGCAAAGCAAUAUAA